CACUCACAUGCACUUGAUCGUACCCAAUGUUAAACGCUGCGAUAUAGAGUACUUCCUUUCCAAACAUUAAUCACAUUGUACGCAUUGUUCCAAAUAUCCAGAGGGUUCGAUUGCGCCGCGCACCAUGAUAUGUACUGUAUAUUUUUGCUACUAACUUUGUGAGUUGAUGUGUUCUACUUUUGCCGGGGUGGUUGUGUUUGGUUUUCUUCCGACUGCCACUGCUCCAGUAAACGUUUAUCUUGGACUGGCACACAUUUUCCACUUUGAUUUCAUCCAGUGUGUGUUGACAUUGACCGGGGAUAUUAUACUAUAACGUGAUUUAUAUUUCUUCUGUGAAGAUGGAGUCAUUCCAGCGAGCUUUCAUCGUAAUGUUCGCUGUGCUCAUAGUGGCUUGGAAUAACUUUGUAUCCGCACAAAGAGCCCGGAUCCCACAGAAAUGGAAUAAUGGAAUUGUUCCUUACAAAAUCAGUGAUAAAUUCUCCACCGCUGAUAAACGCGCUAUUCUGGAAGCACUGCCAAUCUUUGACAAGAUGACAUGUGUCCGCUUCAAGCCAUACAACCAGGACAAGCCCGAAACCAGUUAUGUGCAGUUCAGCGUGGGCCUACAGUGUCAAUCAGCCAUCGGGCGAACGGGUGGCGCGCAGAUUGUCAUGCUGGGCAAGAACUGUAUGGAUAAGCGAUCUAUCCUGCGGGAGAUGAUGCACGUCCUGGGAUUCAAUGAUGAGCAUCUGCGCAGCGAUCGCGACGAUUACAUCACCGUUAACCUCAAUAAUAUCAAGCAAGCGGACUGGUUGUUCUUCGAGAAACUAACCGACAAAGAACUGCCGCGCUUUGGUCUGCCGUACGAUUUUGAUUCAGUUCUGCAGCGACCUAACAAUUGGAAAGUGGACCCGGCUGCCGGACCCAACGCCGUCAGCAUGUUCGUCAAGAAGGCCAAAAGUCAGCCCCUGGGACGCGUUGAUUCCCUAACACAUUUGGAUAUCAAUAAGAUCAAGGCGUUCUAUGAAUGUCCAGCCUAGAGCAGCCUAGUGAUUUCUGCCCUACGUACUAAUGAGAGAAAUAUUUAAAGUUUCGCCAUUUCAAUGCCGGUGAAUAAUAUUUCUUAAAUUUAAUGGAUGAAGUCAUAUGGAGUUGAUGCGCUGAUGGCAGUCUAUUCGUUCGUAAAAUCAGCGAACGAACAAGGACGCGAGUCGGAGAAAUAACAGCAGUAUCAGCCUUGAAAUAUUUCGCACACUUCAUU